AUGGAUGCAGGGCGGGGCUCAGGGUGGUCUGUGAUUGGCCGGUGGCUGCAGCCCCUCCCUCCCCCGCAGAAGGACGUGUCGUACCUGCAGCAGUGGCUGGAGAACUUCGUCAUGAGCUUCGAGAGGGUCAUUGCCCUGCCCUCGCUGGAGCCCCGCAGGCCAGAGGAGGUGGUGUCGGAGAUCCCGGUGCUCCCUCGGGAAGUGCUCCAGGUGCUGAUCCAGAGGCUGGGCCAGAGCGUGGCCCUGAUCCCGCGGGAGGAGGGCGGGGGGGCCGGGCUGGGCCAGGCCCUGCUGCUCCUCAAGUUCUUCAGCAUCAUCUGCAGGUGGGUGACACCCCCCCGAGGUCACCCCGACCCCCCCCAUGGCCCCCUCCAGCCUCCCCUUCCCAUCCCAGUCAUUCCCGUUCCCAUCCCAGAGCAGCAGGAUCCGGGGCAGCCCCACGGGCGUUGA